GCAUAAUUGACACUUACGCAGUGUAUGUUCCUCUUCAGUUCAUACAAUCAUUAAGUUCGAAUUUUACGCUGAUAACUCUGAAGAGAGCGGUUUCUGGAGACUCUCUGUAUUGCUCGCGAGAAAUCCACUCACCCUGACCGUUUCAAGAACCCCAUUGAGCCCGAGCACAACCUGGUGUUCUGAGUCCGGCAUUUCAUCGACCACCCUCCGCGCAACAAAUGGCUGGCCCAAAACCCAUCCUUUUUACUCUCUGCAUCGUCCUCUGCUCGCUCCACAUGGCCUCGUCCCAGGCCGACAGCUGCGCGAACCACACCUUCUCGAGCGACAAAGCCUUCGACUCGUGCACCGACCUCCCUGUCCUCGGCGCCCACCUGCACUGGACCUACAACCCCGCCGCCGCCAGCCUCCACGUGGCCUACCGGGCCUCCCAGUCGCCCUCCGGGUGGAUCGCGUGGGCCAUCAACCCGACGGGGACGGGCAUGGUGGGGUCGCAGGCCAUCGUGGCGUUCCAGAACUCGGACGGGACGAUGAACGCCUACACGACACCAAUCGACAGCUACAGCCCGUCGAUGGGGGCGAAGGAGCUGAGCUUCAGGGUGUCGAACGUGACGGCGGAGUACACGGGGGGCGAGAUGACGAUAUUCGCGGUGGUGGGCCCGCUGGGGAACGGGACGACGGGCGGCGCGAACCAGGUGUGGCAGGCCGGAGACUCCGUGGUGGGCGGCGUGCCGCAGGCGCACGCGGCGUCGGGGGAUAAUGUGAAGUCCAUGGGGACGAUUGACUUCGUCUCCAAGUGAGAGAGAGUUUAGGCGGUGAAUGCGUGUGUUUUCUCUCUGGUGUUUGCGUUAGCCA